GCCCACCGACUACAUAGACGUCUCCGAUUCUAUAAAUUGCACUCAGACUCGUAAAGACAAGCAUAUCAAAUAUAUCACAACAUUGCAAAGAUUAACGGAGAUGCAAAAUGUCGUCUGAAUGUCCUGGGAAGACCUCAUGGCCGGAGCUUGUGGGAACAAAGGGAUACUAUGCGGCUUCGGUGAUCGAAAGUCAGAACCCGAGAGUCAAAGCAGUCGUGAUUUUGGAUGGAUCUCCGGUUACUGCAGACUUCAGGUGCGACCGGGUCUGGGUCAGGGUUAAUAAAGAAGUUGAAGGUAUCGUCGUCCAAACCCCUAGCGUCGGUUAGACUUGUAUUUUGUAUACGGACCACGCUGUUACUAUUUUUAUUUAAUAUGAAUAAAAUACUGUGUACAAGGCAUAGUUGAUUGUUGGUUUGGUUAUGAUGUAAGUUAUCCUUUGCGUGGAUAUUUUGGUUUUCGACCUGAACGGUUACUGAUGUUCAUAUUUACAAAUAAAUGUUUGUAUGAAGGUAAUGGUUGCAACUCGCAAGUGAAUAAAAUUCAUGUCCUACUUAAUUAGUACUUAAGAAAGCUAAGGAUCAGCAUUGAAUUUAUAUAAGAUCAUCUUAUUGCUUCAUAUACUGUUAUCAUAUAAAUAUAGAUAUUGAUUAGUAGUUUUUAAAACAGUUAACGAAGAACAAAAUUGUAACAUCUCGAAUUGUGAUAUAUGAAAAAGUUUAAGAUAAUUGAUUUGGUUAUCUAUGUUACCCUUUUUCGUUAUACAUCCGUUUUUUUUUGGUCAACUUUGUUAUGCAUCCAUUUAGAACUUCAAAAUUAAGCGUGUUUGGAUUAAAGUAGUAAAAAGAUGAAUAAUCUAUUGGAAAGUGAUUUAGGAGUGGGCAUUUCUAAAAAAAAAAAAGGAGUGGGCAUUUCUACCCUUGACGGGAGUUUCCUGCAAAUCCAUCACAGGUUAACUAAACGUCCACGGGCGUGUUUUAAACAAAGUGGUUUACACGUUCCUAAUGACAACUGAACUCAGACGUAUAAAAGGUCGACAAAUGCUCUCUCUUUCUUUUAUCUUAAUCAAAUUGUGGAUAUUGAUUAACAAUCAAAGAUUUUCAAAGCUCGA